AUGGAAACUAUACAUCAUGAAAGCAGUAAAGUGAUACAAGGCAAGGGUUUUGACAUGCCACAAGCAUGCGACCAUGGACAAUACGCCUUGUACAAAGUGACAUUUUGUGGGUACAACAUCUCUCAUCCUUCAGAUGAUCGAGUUAAUAUUAGAGUCCAGACAACAUGUGAUCCUGCAAGAGAGGUUCUGAAAGAUGCGUGUCAGAACUUCAUGGUGGUCUGCCACCAUGUGAGGAACACAUUCGACAAGGCUGUGCUUGAUUUCAAACCCACCAAUCCUGUGGGAAACAUUAAUAUCAAUUAGAAUGGUACCCUUUCAGCUUGUCACUUUCUUUCUUAGUCUCGUCUAUACUGCAGUUUAUAGGUGAUUGAGUUGGUUAGCUAACUAUGAGAUUUCAUAUCGGUUUGAAAGGGGAAUAAACCAUUCUUUAUAAGAGCGUGAAAAUUUCUUCCUAGUAAAUACGUUUUAAAACCGUGAGGUUGAAGGCGAUAUGUAACCGGCUAAAGCAGACAAUAUUUGUUAACAGUAGGUUUGGACUGUUACAAAUGGGAUUAGAAUUAGACACUACAAUGUGCCAACGAGGACACUAGGCCCUCAAAGGGUAGAUUGUGAGA